AAUAAGAUACGACUCAAUAGAAAAAGCUUCACGGAUCGAAACCAUGGCAGCCGAAGUGAUCCUUCUCGGUUUCUGGCCGAGCAUGUUCGGAAUGAGGACGAUGAUCGCGUUAGAGGAGAAAGGAGUGAAGUAUGAGUAUAGAGAAGAGGAUGUGAUCAAUAACAAGAGUCCCUUGCUACUAGAGAUGAAUCCGAUUCACAAGACAAUCCCGGUUCUCAUCCACAAUGGUAAACCGGUUCUUGAAUCCCUUAUCCAAAUCCAAUAUAUAGACGAGGUUUGGUCUGACAACAACUCAUUUCUCCCUUCUGAUCCUUACCAUAGAGCUCAAGCUUUAUUUUGGGCCGAUUUCAUCGACAAGAAGUUGUAUGUUUGUGGGAGGAAGACUUGGGCAACGAAAGGUGAGGAGCUAGAAGCAGCCAAUAAAGAGUUUAUUGAAAUACUCAAGACUCUUCAAUGUGAGCUCGGAGAAAAACCUUACUUUGGCGGCGAUAAAUUCGGGUUUGUAGACAUUGUCCUGAUUGGAUUCUAUAGUUGGUUUCCAGCAUACCAGAAGUUUGGUAACUUCAGCAUCGAACCAGAGUGUUUGAAGCUGAUUGCUUGGGGAAAAAGAUGUAUGCAAAGAGAGAGUGUGGCUAAAGCUUUGCCUGAUUCUGAGAAAGUUGUUGGAUACGUUUUACAGCUUAAGAAGUUAUAUGGAAUUGAGUAAGGAUCUCUCUAAAUUGCCGUUUCCUGUUCUGUUUAGCUAUUUGUUGUGUUGUGAUGUGUGUUUCUGAUAAUGAAAUGAAGUCUUUGUUCGAAAUUCGGAUGCUUUGUUUUGUUGAAAUUCGAUGUUUGGUCUGAAUUCAAUGCAUAUAGAUGUAAAUUUUGUAUCAUCAGUUUUUCUUAGAUCUUCAUCGUUGCUAACCAC